AUGGCUGCUCGGGCCUUAGCAAUCAAUGCUGCCAGAUCAACAAUCAUGACAACAAAUCGACAUGUCACGUCUACCAUCAGCUCCGAAUCGGAUAUCGCAAAUAGUGCCAGCAGAGCAAUCGUCACGACAUCAGCAAAAAGGCGUGGCAGGCCUCCCAUGUGCACAUUGCCAAAUGUAGAUGACAGUGGCAGCCAGACUACUGUCACAACAUCAGCGAAAAGACGUGGCAGGCCUCCCAUUCGCACGAAUCCUAUUGUAGGAAAUAGUGCCAGCAGCACAGCUGUCACGACGCCAAUGAGAACCCGUGGCAGGACUCCCAUUCGCACGACUCCUUAUGAUGACAAAUUUUGUUACGAUUCAACAAUGAAGAGUCAUAUAAGAUCGAAUCUUUAUGUAGUCAGCGAAAGACACGUGCCCCAAAUUGGAACCUCUCAUAAGAUCUGGCAUUUGCAAAAUGAUUAUGAUAAUGACUUAUGCCGAAUAAGAGAAGUUAACCCGGCGAUCCAAGAAGAUGAAGAACUUAUUGAGGACGUUCUUAGUGGUGUUCGUAACCCAAAUUCGCAGGGAGCUUCUAGCGAAAUUGAACGCUUCGUAUUUGAAUCGUUCUAUGUGAAUAAUAAAAUAAGUGAGGAGGAUAAGGCAAGAUACCGAGAAGCUCGUCGUCGUCGUGAGGCCGAAAACAAUGCGAAUGAUAAUAGUAAUGAUUCUGAUAGUGUACAAAGUCUCUAA